AUAUUAAAAUUAAAAUAUAUAUUUAUAAAAUACCUACCUAUAUCAACAAACAGAAUGGCAUCAAAAUUAAAAACUACAGAUACAGACAAAUUAAAUAUGGGAAUGAAAUCAAUAGUAAAUGAAUUUAAAAUCAGUUGCGAUAAAGUCAAACAAUUGAAAGACAACAAAGAGUUAUUCAAUCAAAUGGAAUUUACUGUCAAAACUUUAUCAAUUGAAGGUGAAAACGAUGACUAUGCUACACAAUUUUCAAAUUUCAAAGAAGCUGUGAAAAAUGAACAAUCGUUUUACUUUAAUAAAACUGGAAUUACUCACAAUUUUUUAUCAAAAAAUGAACAGUUAGAAUCUGCCGCAAACAUCCUACAAGAAACCGGCAUUGAUGAUUAUAAUGCUAGUAGCAUAUUCACUAAAUAUUUGUCAAUGAUUGAAAAAUGUAAUAAGCAAAAAGAGUUUAUUGAUGACAUUGAUGAACAUUUAAAUAAAUUAAAAAUAGUAAUUGAACAACAGAAUGAUCUUAAAUGUGAAUUAUCAAAUAUAAAUUACUCACCUGUAGGAUAUACAGCUGAACCUAUCAAUAUUAAACCAAUUAAAAGUAUACAAACCGUAGAUGACUGUGAUGAAAUUGUGAAGUUGGUCAAAAAAAUAACGGACAUUGAAAAGAAACAAGAAGAAAUCUAUUCAGCAACUUCUGAAUUAAAAUCUGAACAGAAAAAAAUGUACCAUGGAUUACCACCAAAUAUGGAUCAAGCAAUGAUGACAGUACAAAUAGCAGAGCAAGCAAUGAAGGCUAUAUCUAAAAAAUUAAUGGAAAAACUUUAGAAAAUUAAAUAAUUCAUUAUGAAUGAUGAAAAAACAACAAUGGAAUACUUAUUUCAAGUAGAAAGACAAGCAGAAAAAAUACUUCUUAA